AUGAUCGAUAAGUUGAGAGUUGAUUACUCGCUGUACUUGGUUACAGACUCGACUAUGCUUCCACCUGGUACCACUCUGGAGUCCCAGGUUCUGGCUGCUCUCCAAAACGGUGUAACACUGGUACAAUUGCGUGAAAAGGAGACUGAUACCAAAGUGUUCAUUGAGCAGGCUCUCAAGGUGCAGAAGUUGUGCUGGGAAUUCCAAGUGCCAUUAAUCAUUAACGAUAGAGUUGAUGUGGCACUUGCGAUUGACGCCGAUGGUGUUCAUGUAGGGCAGGAUGAUAUGCCGAUCGCUAUGGUUCGUAAGCUGGUUGGCCCAGACAAAAUUGUUGGUUGGAGUGUUGGCUACGAACGUGAAGUUGAAGAACUAGCGGCCAUGGGUCCCGAAGGCGUGGACUACAUCGGUCUAGGUAUGGUUUUCCCCACAAAUACCAAGAAAAACGCUAAAAAGAGCCCCAUGGGGCCUCGAGGAGUCUCCAAGUUGCUAGACUCUUUGCAAAAGACCAAUGCUACCUGGUGUAAGACAGUUGCUAUUGGUGGACUUCAUCCUGACAAUAUUCCUCGUGUCCUCUAUCAAAUGUGUUCCGAGGAUGGGAAGAGAAGUAUCGAUGGUAUAGCUGUAGUCAGUGAUAUCAUGGCCUCCCAAGAGGCGGGGAAUGCUGCUAAAAAACUUCGCAGCUUGAUUGACUCAAGGAGCUACGAGUUUGCAAAUGGUGUGAGUGACCUUUCGGAUGUCAAGCAACUAAGUGCUAUUGAGGAGACUUUUGUGGACACAACAGCGGCCACUUCCCCGUUGAUUCACCACAUAACAAAUAAAGUUCACCAGAAUUUUGGUGCUAACGUGGCACUUGCCCUGAAAUCAUCUCCAAUAAUGUCAGAAGUUGCAGCUGAAUAUAAAGAACUUUCUGAAGUUCCUCAUGCAGUUCUUUUAUUGAACACGGGUUCGGUGGCUCCUUUAGAGAAUAUGGUAAGUGCAAUUCGUGCAUAUAAUGAGGCAAAGAGGCCCAUUGUUUUUGAUCCAGUGGGUUUCAGUGCCACAUCUGCUAGAUUGGUGCUAAACAGCCACCUAUUGGCCUACGGUCAAUUUGCCUGCAUCAAAGGUAAUGCUGGUGAAAUUCUCUCAAUUGCUGACUUGAACGUCGGGAAAAUGAGGGGUGUUGACUCGGGUGAUUCUGUAUCUGAUCUUGCCGUCAUUAUUAAGGCAACGCGACUCGUAGCGUACCGAUAUCGAUGCGUAGCAGUUUGCACUGGCAAAGUUGACAUUAUUGCUAAUGGUCUAAAUGCUGGCAAAUAUGAACUUUCAACGGGUUCUGUUAAACCAUCGCUGUUGCCGGCAUUCAAAGUCGAAAGUGGGGAUUUGGAAAUUAUGGGAAGAAUCACGGCAAGCGGUUGUUCGUUGGGUACAACGAUUGCAUGCCUCAUUGGUGGAAUAACGAACAGCCAAAACCUGUUCUCUGCUGUUCUAACCGCCGUUAGAUUAUACAAGUCUGCUGGUUAUCUUGCGUCACUGAGCUGCAAAGGAACGGGAAGUUUCCAAGUGAGCUUGAUUGAUUCCUUGGAUCAACUGCUCCAAGCCAAUCAACCAUCAACAUGGAAAGCAACUGUCAAGGCGGUUUAA